AUGGAUUCAAUUGUACAUCUCCUCACUUCUUUGCUCAUAGUAGGAUGUGCUCUCUUUAUGUGUGGUGGAAAGAAGGUUGACAAGAAUGCGAAGAAAAGUUCCAUCUCUGUGGGAACCCCGCCGACACCAAAAUCCACUAAAAGUCCAAAACCAGAUUCUGCGAAUCCUCCAGCCGGUGCAUCUCUUCUGAAGGCGCCAGCUCUUGAACCAGAAAGACCGGCGAGUAAGGUCGUGAACUUGGAAAAGGAACCCAAUGCCGCUAAAGGAGAGAAACCGGAGGAAAAGAAGGAGAAAUCUAAAAAGUCGGAUAAAAAGUCGGAUAAAAAAUCAAAGAAAUCGGACAAGAAAUCUGGAAAGAAGUCUAAAAAGUCAGAGAAGAAGUCGAAAAAGUCUGAGAAGAAAUCAAAGAAAGACGACAAGAAAGAGUCUAAAAAAGGAUCGAAAAAAUCGAAGAAGUCGGAGAAAAAAACAAAGACGAAAACUGAAGACGACAACUAUCAGAGACCAGACCGACCGGAGAAACUGACGACAGAAGAAGAUCCACCGAAAAAACCAACGGAAAAAGACUCGAAAGAAAAUCAGGCACCGACACCGUCUAAAAGACCAGAAGGGCAAGCCGCCGAGGUCUCAAAUCCGAUUGUGACUCCGGAAACAGAUGAGUUCCCAACUCUUGAUGACGAACCUGAAAAGCCGAAAAAGGACGAUGAGAAAGACAAAAAGACAGAGGAGAAGAAGACGGAGGAGAAGAAAGAUGGAAAAGGAGAAAAGAAAACUGAAAAAGAUAAGAAAAAGUAG